AAUUUAGUGAUGGAAAUGUCUCUAUCAAGUCGAGGUUUGAAAAUGAUCGCGCAACGUUUCGGUUUGGUGCUAGGAGCGGUUUUGGCUGUUUCGGUCCUGGAGAUCGAGGGCCAGGAUUACUGUGAUAAAGAUUUGUGUCGUCCUGGCAAAACACACAUAGGAUGUAAUAAUCCGGACGAGCUUAGUUCAAACUGUGUCGAAGGAAAGCAGGUUGAGUUCGACGAUAAGCUGAAGCAGCUGGUCUUGGACACUCACAACAAUUAUCGGAACAUGGUGGCCAAGGGUGAACUUCCGUGGCUCAACAAGGCGGCCACUUUGGGUGUUAUGGAAUGGGACGAUGAUCUGGCUUAUUUGGCUCGACUCCAUGCUAACAGAUGCAGCAAGGGGCACGACGAAUGCCGAAACACCAAAAAGUAUCCUAGCGCAGGGCAGAAUUUGGCCAUGCGAGGUACGUCCUCGGAUCAGGAGCCAGACUAUACGGUUGAGAUUCCGAAGCAUAUCGAACUGUGGUGGAAUGAGAAGGAUGCCGUAACUCAGGAUCAGAUCGAUUCAUACUACAGCAAAUCGGGAACCGGUCACUUUACCCUGAUAGCCCGUGAUAAGGCCAAUCGGAUUGGAUGUGCCAUGGUUUGGUACAAGGAUGGCAGCUGGUAUCGGACUCGGAUGACCUGCGAUUAUUCGUACACCAAUAUGAUCGGGACACCGGGCUAUACUUCCGGGGAGCCGUGUUCCGGGUGCAAGUCUGGAUGCGAUACGAAGUGGGACGGGCUGUGUACCAAGGAUGAGCCGUAUGAGUACAGUAUUUCUUCGACUUCAUCACGCUCAAAAAAAAAAUCCAGCGUCAAAAGAACGAAACCGUGAAUUUGGCGAAAGUGAAAUUUAAAGUGGAAAAAUAUAUUUUUAUCGUCUGAAAUCAUUAA